AUUAUGCCAACCGAUAACAUCCAUCAUCCCCCUUAUCUUUCCCCGACUCCUCUAAACCCUUCUUACCUACAAUGUCUUGUGCGGCAAAACCCAUGUCGAACCCCUUAUCCAUGGCUAAUGGCUGCCUGGUUUCAUCAUCUCCGGCUAUCUUCGCCGGCAAAACUCUCCAACACAUCUCUUUGCCCUUGAAACCCAUUAAAUUCCACCUAUCCGCUUCCUUUACACCCUUUUCUCUGCGAAGAAAAGCCAAUUCCUCGCGUAUUGUUACCUUUGUUCAAGAAGAAGACAACACCUUGGUUCUUCAAACAGAUGAAAAAUUGAGUUGGGGAGACGAAACUGAGGAAACGGAAGCAGCCGCCGACACCGGUGUCUCCGAUUGGGAAGGGGGCGCGGUUGGAGAUGCUGCCACGGAAGGGACGGAAGAGUUUUCUGAACCACCAGAAGAAGCUAAGAUUUUCGUCGGUAAUUUGCCGUAUGAUGUGGAUAGCGAGCAAUUGGCUCAGCUUUUUCAACAAGCUGGUGUCGUUGAGAUUUCUGAGGUUAUAUACAAUAGAGAGACCGAUCAGAGUAGGGGUUUCGGGUUUGUAACAAUGAGCACCGUUGAAGAAGCGGAAAAGGCUGUUGAGAUGCUCCAUCGUUAUGAAAUAGGAGGAAGAUACUUGACUGUAAACAAGGCAGCACCAAGAGGAUCAAGGCCAGAGCGUGCAGAGAGGUCGCCGCAGAUGUCCGGACCUUCAUACAGAGUUUACGUUGGCAACCUUCCAUGGGAUGUCGAUGAUGUCCGCCUUGAGCAGCUGUUCAGUGAACAUGGAAAGGUUGUGAAUGCGAGAGUUGUGAUUGACAGGGAAAGUGGUCGAUCACGAGGGUUUGGGUUUGUGACUAUGUCUUCUGAAAGUGAAGUCAAUGACGCCAUUGAAAAUCUUGAUGGACAGAGCAUGGGUGGGAGAGCAAUUAGGGUAAAUGUAGCGGAGGAGAGGCCAAGGCGUUUCUGAUCUGGGUUUUUGGUUUGAUUUGGUUUCAACUUCCAAGUGGUAUUUUAUGUUUCAUGUAAGUUUUUGUUUAGGAGUUUAUCAAGUGCGAUGUGUUUUGUUAUAAGUUAUUGAGUAAAGUUAUUGGAGGUGUACUUGAACCUGAUGCCUAUGCAAAUUUGCUAGGCAGUUUAUGGGGUAUAAAAAGGUUACCUUUUUAUGGCCA